AUGCACCUCCCAACUCCUUGCUCUUCGUGCCUGGACUGGGCACGUCUCCUUCAGUCCAUCCUUCACCUCGGUCCAUCGGUGCUUCACUUGAGCGAGCGGGUCACUGUUUACAUCAGAACAAAAACAACAUUGCUCACGAGCAUUGUUACCGGCCUCAUCCGAGUCAUGUAUCCGUUCAACAUUGGCCCGGCAACCUUCUUGGCGGGUGCAUUGACCCUCACUCAAGUGGUCACUGCAACACCCUUCCCUCAACCGCAACAGAAACAGAUCGGAACUGCCGACUCUGCAGCAUCACCUCAUGCCGUCUCAAACCAAGAAAGACGAGAUGCCGUCAAACAGGCUUUCCAGAUCUCCUGGGACGGAUACUACAAAUAUGCCUUUCCCCACGACUCACUGUUGCCAGUGUCAAACUCUUAUGAUGAUGACCGAAACGGCUGGGGCGCCUCAGCAAUCGACGCCUUCUCCACCGCCCUCGUCAUGCGCGACUGGUCCGUCGUCUCGCAAAUCCUCUCCUACGUGCCCAAGAUCGACUUCACCACCACCUCUUCAGAAAUUUCCCUCUUCGAGACCACCAUCCGGUACCUAGGCGGCUUAAUCUCCGCCUACGACCUGUUGACCAGCAAACCCCUCGCCUCCGACCCGGCUUUCAACUACACCUCGUCCCAAACCGACGCCAUCCUGUCUCAAGCCGUCCGACUCGCCGACCAGCUCUCGGUGGCCUUCAACACCCCCUUGGGAAUCCCCGAUAACCAGCUCAUCUUCGACCCUCUCACGGGCCCAAGGCGGACGGGAUCGCAGACGAACGGCAUCGCGACCAUCGGGACUCUAGUCCUCGAGUGGACGCGGCUGUCGGAUCUAACGGGCAACCCGAAGUACGCGCAGCUCGCGCAGCGCGCCGAGUCGUUCCUGCUGAACCCGCAACCGGCUAACGUAGCUGAACCGUUCCCGGGACUGUUGGGCUCCAACGUCGAUAUCGCUACUGGGCUUUUCGUCGAUAGCUCGGGCGGCUGGGGCGGCGGGACCGAUUCGUUUUACGAGUACCUGAUUAAGAUGUACCUGUACGAUCCGGACCGGUUUGGGUUGUACCGCGACAGGUGGGUGUUGGCGGCCGAUUCGUCGAUUCAGUAUGUGGCUUCGCAUCCUUCUACCCGGCCGGACUUGACGUUCCUGGGCGGAUGGAAGGGGACCACCUUGCGGUUUUCGUCUGGUCAUCUGGAUUGUUUCGAUGGUGGUAACUUCAUCCUGGGUGGACUUACUUUGUCCUCGCAAAAAUACCUCGAUUUUGGGCUGGAGCUGGUCAAAUCCUGCGCGGAAACAUACUCCUCCACAGCCACGGGCAUCGGUCCCGAGUUGUUUAGCUGGCAGGACUCCCGCACCCCGCUUAAUGCGAGCAACAACCCCGGCCCUUCCACGGCUGAGCAAAAGGCGUUUUACGCAAAGAACGGGUUCUGGAUUACCAACGGCCAGUAUGUCCUGCGUCCCGAAGUCAUCGAAAGUAUGUACUACGCGUGGCGGGCGACGAAAGAUGAGAAGUACAGGGAGUGGGCGUGGGCGGCGUUCCAGGCGAUCAAUGCCACGACGAGGGCGGGGAGCGGGUAUUCGGCUGUGGAGAAUGUGAACAAGGCGGGCGGGGGAAGCAAGACGAACUUCCAGGAGAGUUUUUGGUUUGCCGAGGUGUUGAAGUAUUGUUGGUUGAUUUUCCAGGAUGACGACGACCCAUGGCAAGUCAAAUCCGACAAGACGAAUCAGUUCGUCUACAACACCGAGUGUCACCCCAUCAGGUUGGCCAAGGGGAAAGAGACUGAGCCAUCCUCCUCGUCGUACCAGCAAGGGGGAGGGAAGGAGAAGAGGGAUAGGAGGUUUGCUGGACCUAGACAUGCGUAA